CAAAGUUUAGAUCCGACUGGAGCAAAAGUUUUUUUUUCUAGAAAGUGAGCUGCGGAGAUUUGAUGGUACGCACUCUGAAUCUUUUCUUUUAAGGAUUCUUUUAAAACACUUUCAGAAACACAGAAAGUGUCGGACUUUUCCCACCGAGCGUGUGUUGUUUUUCCUCUUUUGUGGCUACCUUUUUUUUGUGUGUGUGUGUUUUGUAAAGUUGGGGCCAGGACGACAACAUAGAUUCCAGUGUGGAGUAGAUAUGCGCUUUGUUACAUUGACAAGUAUGCUUGCGGAAAACAACAGCCCAACGCUGUCUCUCUCUGCUGAUUUGGACAGCUAACACACUUUGGAAGAUUACAAAGUAACGACCUUGUUCCACUCUGGAAUGACUCGGGAGAACUUUUUCUGAGUGUCGGUGUUAUUUCCCGAUUUCCGGCUGAAAGGGGGGAAAAAAAAGUUUGGAUUGCUUCAAACUUCUUCUUUUUUUUUGUGUAACUUUUUCUCAUCGAGACAUUUUCGGACUCCAGAAGUUUGCUGACAGUUUUUGGCACAAUGGAUCCGAGCCAGCACCAACCUCCUGCCGGACACCAGAUCGUCCACGUACGGGGCGACUCUGAGACCGACCUGGAGGCGCUUUUUAACGCCGUGAUGAACCCGAAGAACACUAUUGUACCCCCUUCAGUACCCAUGAGGAUGAGGAAGCUGCCAGACUCUUUCUUCAAGCCUCCCGAACCAAAGUCCCACUCCAGACAAGCCAGUACUGAUGCUGGGAGCGGCGGAGCACUCACACCCCAACAUAUCCGAGCCCACUCAUCCCCAGCUUCCCUGCAGUUGGGAGUUCCUGCUGGCUCCCUGUCUGGCAUGCCCCCAGCAGCUGGCUCCCCUCAACAUCUCCGUCAAUCUUCCUACGAGAUUCCUGAUGACGUGCCCCUGCCUCCAGGGUGGGAAAUGGCCAAGACUCCCUCUGGCCAGAGAUACUUUCUCAACCACAUCGAUCAAACCACUACUUGGCAGGAUCCUCGCAAAGCCCUGCUCCAGAUGAACCAGGCUGCCCCGCCUAGUACUGUACCGGUGCAGCAACAGAACCUCAUGACUCCAGCCAGUGGUCCUCUCCCUGAUGGCUGGGAACAAGCGAUUACAUCAGAAGGAGAAAUUUACUACAUCAACCACAAGAACAAAACCACAUCCUGGCUUGACCCGCGACUUGACCCACGCUUUGCCCUCAACCAGCAGAGGAUGACCCAGAGUGCUCCAGUGAAGCAGGGAGGCCCGCUGCCUCCCAGCCACAGCGCAGCAAUGAACAAUCAGAUGAGACUGCAGCAGAUCGAGAAGGAGAGGCUGAGACUAAAGCAACAGGAGCUGCUUCGGCAGAGACCACAGGAGCUUGCCCUGAGGAAUCAGCUGCCUACAAGUAUGGAGCAAGAUGGCGGCACGAACCCUGUGUCCUCCCCUAUGGCCCAAGAUGCCCGGACCAUGACUGCCAACAGCUCUGACCCAUUCCUCAACAGCGGGACCUACCACUCCAGGGAUGAGAGCACAGACAGCGGCCUGAGUAUGAGCAGCUACAGCGUCCCUCGCACUCCAGAUGACUUCCUGAACAGUGUGGAUGAGAUGGACACAGGGGAUCCUCUACCACCCUCCAUGGCAACACAACCCAGCCGCUUCCCCGACUACCUGGACGCCAUCCCGGGAACAGACGUGGACCUGGGCACCCUUGAGAGCGAGAGCAUGGCAGUGGAGGGCGAAGAGCUGAUGCCCAGCCUGCAGGAGGCCCUGAGCUCCGACAUCCUCAACGACAUGGAGUCUGUGCUGGCAGCUACCAAGAUCGACAAGGAGAGCUUCCUCACAUGGUUAUAGAAGACCUGAGCAGGGCGCUCCUCACUCCUCCGCCUACACUCUGAACUGCUGCCUGCUCUGAUCUGUGAAGGAUUCAUAGAUGCUUUUUACAAGACAUUUCAGCAAGCGUCUCUGGACUUCUGUGUCUGUCUCGGCGUGUAAGGCCAACCCUCCUUUGAGGCAGUAUUUUUCUGUUCUUUCACUGCUGUGUUAUCUCUUUAUUUUGUCUGUGUCUUCAAGGCUGGCCCAUGAACAGACAAUUACGCAAGGGUCCCCAAAUCUUUCACAUGUCUGUCAGUGAAUCGAGGGCAUGUUUACCCUGAUCUUCCCUGGUCUCCCCUCAUUUUCUGAGCUUGGCUGAUGCAUGUGCUCCUCUGCAAGGACUGUCAUCAACAGCUACCGCCUGGAGUCUCUGGUGCCUCUUCUUCUUGCAUUAUGGCUUGAAGCAGCAGUUCUUAACUGAAUUUGGGACUUUCACAGCUAGCUUGAAGUAGCUUUAUAUUUGGCCUUGUGAGUUUGUAUUCUUUCUUUUUUUGUGUGUGUGUGUGUGUGUGUGUGUGUGUGUUCAACGAGCCUGAGAAACCAAAAAUGAUGUAUUAGAAGCCGAAAGAACAAUACUGAUUUGGAGUAAAGGUAAAUGUGAGGCCCAGUUUGGACAUAUUGGCUCUGCCGAGGGUUUUGGGGGGGGGGGCGAGGGUUGGAGCCUGGGGACCGACUACAUUGCUGCUUGGCUGUGCCAGCAAGUCUAAGUUAAACCUUUGAUAGAUCAAGUGCCUUCAGUUGUAUUUUUUUGAGACGCGAGCAAAAUGAACAACUACUUAGUUCCUGUAACGCAGCGAUUAAGCAUCAGGCUGUGUUGGUUGAAAUCAGCCUCUUUCCUCUCUCUAAUGUUCAAUAAUCAAAGUGUAUUUUGUUUUAUAAACACAUUAUAAGGGGAUUUAGGGAUUUCUGUUUGUGUUUUUGUUUUUGUAACCCUAGCUUCUUUGUAUCUCAGUCUUAUCCAAACCUAAUCCAUGAUUCACUCUUUCUUUUAUCUUCUUAGUAUUCUUUAUUUUUUAGGUUACUACGUAUGUAUGAUAGCUUAGAUCAAAAAAGGCAUUUUUGCUUGUUUUUAACUCCUUUCAUAGAUGAAUUUAUACAUUUUUAACAUGGUCGACUGUUAUCACAGCAUGUUUUCACUUCAUGGAGAUGAAGUCUGCCAAGACACAGAUUCAGUUUUGGCUUUUGUAACCAUUCAGCUGAUCCUCUUCUGUCUGAUUUCCUGUAUUCAUAUAAGUGUUAUUGUGUAUUUGUUGAUCACAUGCAGCUCUUACUAUCAUCCGAAAACAUUAACCAAAAAAAAAAAAAAAAAGGCAGAUCUCUCGGCUCAACAGAAACUACAGCUCUGUGACAACGUUGCAGAGUUACAGUGUUUGAAAGUGUCUUCCUGAGGAGGGGAGGUGGAACCCGGUGUUGGCGCUGGGUGUUGAAAUGAAGAGUCUAUAGGGGGGACUCCAGCUUGGACAAGUUUCAGCAGGUUUUAAGAGUCACGUCGAGGAGAGCGGGCACGGCCGGGGGGUUUGACAGACAGACAGCAGCGAGUUGUGUAGAUUGAUGAAAUGUGUCGAUUUUUUUGUGAAACGAUCAAGAAACAAUCAGUAAUUAUCUCAGUCAGGAAUUGUUGAGGCGGAUUCCAAAGAUGUUUUUGUAAUAACGCUGAUUUUGCUUCCAUUUUCACAGAGUCCAGAAACGAUAUGAUUUGUAAAUCAGCCUGUGUAUGAACAAAAACGUAUAAGCUAAUGAGAAAAUGAUGUAGGUUUUUAAGUGUUAAAAGGACAUGUCUGAAUAGGUCUAGCUGAGAGAUUCUUUUUUUUUAUGAUGAGACGGUUGUUUUGAGUGACUAACCCUGAGAUUUUUAAGGAUGAGGUUUCACCACAGAGAAACAAGUGAUUCUCCUACAAACACUCACAUGUUUACAUUCUCUCUGAGUCAGAAACUGCGACAGCCACAGUGACAAUUCUCUCAUUAUCACAUUGUUUUGAUGUUGACAGCAUGAACACAUCUUUGCAUUACUGCAGUAACCGUUGAGUGAUCAGACUGUCAGAUUGUCACACUGAUUCUGUUGCCUGCCAAUAAUUGAUUGGUAACAUGAACUUGAUGGAACAACUUUUUUUUUUUUUUUUUUUAGAUCAGAGAACAUGAACAAUUUUUUUUAUUCUGUGUGAGAAAACCUCUUUUAGUGUUGAUUUUAUUGAUCAUUGAAUCAUGUGUUAAUGAUGGAUUUAAGGCGGAUAAACAGUGUUGGUGAGAACAAUGCAACUAAAAAUGAGUGGUACACUACAGUGCUUGUAUCGCACGGCUACAGAGUUAUCAUUUUGAUGCAAUGAUGCAUUUUUGUCACACAAACCUGAUUUUAUGCUUACUUAGUGUGUAAUUGUCGGAGCAUAUUAGCUGUUGACUGUCAUUGUAGCAGUAGAACUAAUCACACAAGUUAAAGGAUUUUGUAUUUAGAGUUUUUCUAAAUGCACAUGAAAUGAAUUUAUAUUCAGUAAUGAUCUGUUCAUUUUUGAUAGAUAUGUGCAUGUGUUUUAGAGCAAUAAAUUCUGUUACAUUAUAUCUUGCUUCAUAUCAUACUUUGAAAUUGGCCUGAAAUAAAGUAUAUUCUUUGUGGUAAA